GCGGCCUCUUCCCACAGCCUCCCGAGUUGCUGGGUUCAGGUGUCAGCCGACCACGCCCAGCUUCCACCGGGAGCCCCGGGAGCCUCCCUGGAGCCUGUGAGCAGCUCGGCGGGGACCCUGGUCCCGGGGCUGUCGCCCUCUGGGUCCCGGGGCCGUCGCCCUCUGGGGCUGGGCGGGAGACUCUCUGCUGGGCCUCAGCCCCUGGAUCCCCAGGGACAACCGGAACCUGCCCUUCCCUUUGGAAGGGGGCCAGGGCCUGGGAGCCCCGUGACCCCGGUGACGGCCGGGGAGCAUCUUGGUGUCCUCUCCCUGGUGACGGCCGAGGCCGCGUCCUGCUGUUCCCGGGGCGACCGCAGGGCCGUGUGCCACCCGGGCAGAGAGCAGAUGGCCGGCCCCCUCCGCCCCGUGAUCCCUACAUAAGGCCUGGUUCCUGGGGAGUCUGUCCCGGGCUCAGGCGCCUGCCGAGCGGCGAGGGUCCCCAGCUGGCGCCCGCACGGGGCCGGCGCUCCCUGGAGCAACAACCAGGGGCUCAGACGGGACCAUGGGCUCCGCGCUGGACCCCGCCUUCCGCCUCCUGCAGGAGCACGCGCACGGCUUCAUGGUGUCCCAGGUUCUCUUCGCCGCCUGCGAGCUGGGCCUCUUCGACCUACUGGCCGAGGCCCCGGGGCCCCUGGACGUGGCGGCCAUCUCCGAAGGCCUGGGCGCCAGCCCCCGGGGGACAGAGCUGCUGCUGGAAGCCUGUGUGCCCCUGCGGCUGCUGGACGUGGACACCCGCGGGGGGACGGCCCGGUACGCGAACUCGGAGCUGGCCCGCGCCUACCUCACCAGCCGCAGCCCCACGGGCCAGCGCGCCAUGCUGCGGUACCUGGGCAGCACCACCUACCGCUGCUGGGGUCACCUGGCCGACGCCGUGAGACAGGGCAGCAACCAGUACCAGAGGGCCUUCGGGGUCCCCGCGGGGGACCUGUUCUCGGCCAUCUACAGGUCCCCGGCCGAGCGGCUGCAGUUCACGCGAGGCCUGCAGGAGAUCUGGAGCGUCGACGGGCGGCGGGUGCUGACCGCCUUCGACCUGUCCCCGUUCCAUCGCAUCUGCGACCUCGGGGGUGGGGCCGGGGCUCUGGCCCAGGAGUGCGCCUGUGUGUACCCCGGGUGCCACGUCACCGUGCUCGAGGUCCCCGAGGUGGUCCAGACGGCGAGGGCCCACCUCCCGCUGCAGACGGAAGGGCAGGUUGGCUUCCGUGAAGGGGACUUCUUUGAAGACCCCCUUCCCGAGGCCGACCUCUACAUCCUGGCCAGGGUCCUGCACGACUGGUCAGACGAGAAGUGCUCCCGGCUGCUGGCCAGGGUCCACCACGCCUGCAGGCCCGGUGGCGGCGUCCUGGUGGUGGAGCGCGUGCUGGACGCGGACGGCCGGGGCCCGCUGGCCACGCUGCUGGGCUCGCUCAACAUGCUGCUGCAGGCCGAGGGCCGCGAGAGGACGGCCGCCCAGUUCCGCGCGCUGCUGGCGGCCGCCGGCUUCGGGGGCUUCGCGCUGCGCAGGACGGGCGGCGUCCACGAUGCCAUCUUGGCCACCAAGGCGCUGCCCUGAGCCGGCCACCCUGGGGCCCGAGGACAAUAAAGAGACAUGUGUC